UGGCCGAUAUGUGAGGCUAGUUUGUAUGGACAAUAAAAUAUGCAAUUAUGUAAAAUUAAUGACCGUCGGCUGUGCGCGCGUUCAAGUGAAAACGUAGUCCCGUGAGCGCGAAAGGUGGAAAAAGUGCGUGAAGCACGAGUGAGAGUGUGGGAGCGCCGCGGGAGGAAGGUGGAGGUUGUCUUUCAAGACCCGUGGACGCCGUGGCCGCGGGCCCGAAAACGAGGAAACCUUCUUAUGGUCUCCAACACAUAGAAGAGCCGUGCGGCGUGCUUCCUUCUAUUGCUGUACAGUGGCGCGACAACGCUACGAAAACAACUCGUAGAUCGGCGGAAACACGUUUUGAAAAGAGUUUACGGCCGCCUUGGUCCAAUAUUGCCGACGUACGGCAGGUACGGCUGACUGCGGCUUCUUGACUAGUCUCGCACAGGCCCGGUCUCGAUUAAUGUCCCCCGAGAACGGAGUAAGCGCCUCGGGAAUAUAUUGCAUCCUCAAACUGUAGAGAUUAAUCACUUUACAGCCUUGUUGUGUAUGUAGCCCGCCGAGCCGGAGCCGGAACCGGAGCUAUAGCCACAGCUACCGAAUCCAGUUCAAGCGUCCAGUUCAAUCAUCCUCUUCUACGGCCGUUCUUGGCAUAGAUAUGAUUCUCAUGUUUUACCUCCAAGGCCGAGAUACUGGAGCGUGACGGGUACGUUUACUUGGAACCUCUCAAAAUAUUUCCCACCGAUCAAUUUGUUAUAGUGGAAAGGGCUGGCGCGGAAAAUGCAUUGACAGAAGACACGGAACAACGCACGAGUGCCGCGUCCAGCCAGACUCACCCAACUAUCAAUAGCUUCACGACCAUGUGUACCACUCCUGGAAAUGCAGGAGCAGGAUUCGGGUACGCUUGGUCCUUUGGUGGGCCAGGGACAGAAACCCGAGAGAAUGCCCAGAGUGAACUCGCCACCAAUAUCAGUUACGCUGUCAACAAUAAUCAGGAUCAAGGUUCCAGUCAAAAGAUACAAGUCGACAUUAAGCCAGCCAAGGUUGCCACUACCACUCAUCGUCGGCAAAUGUUUACGAUGAAUGAGAGUUGUCAGCAAACCCCUACUACACAUCAUGGCCAUACGGGUGGAGCGCAUAAUCAAACAACCCACGGCACUCACGUCCGUACUAAAAAGCAUCACGAUGUAUUUUCAUUAACCUGUGACAAAGGGGGAUGUAAUUGCGAUGCAGCACAUCCCACACCUCCACCUUCCUUAUUCUCAAACACCUUAGUUUUUACUACAGCCGACAAGCAUGCCAUGAGUAAGCACUUCAUGACACCGCUUGGACCGUUGCAGCUUACGGCAGAAGAGUGCAAUGAGAUAUUAAUGAAGAGAGCAGCCGCUGCGUCUAAUCAAGCUAAUGCAGCGAAUAACGUUGCGACCAGUCAGACAGACAAUACUGCCCAUUUUGGGCACGUUUUGACUCAUGUGAAUACUACGCAAAUUGAGACGAAAGUCAAACAGCAACAGGAUAUGGGGAGUCAGGUCCGUGUACCGAAAGAACGACCGUAUUCUUGUUCAGAAUGUGGCAAAUCCUUUCUUCUCAAGCAUCAUCUUACGACACACGCCAGAGUUCACACUGGAGAACGACCGCACAUUUGCGUUCAUUGUGGCAAGAGUUUUGCGCACAAACAUUGUCUUCAUACGCAUCUACUAUUGCAUAGCGCCGAAAGACCGUAUCAAUGUCGCGAAUGUAAAAAAUCGUUCACUCUCAAACAUCAUCUUGUAACACAUACUCGCGUGCAUACGCGGGAACGGCCGUUUGUCUGUCAAGAAUGCGGAAGAGCAUUUCCUCUAAAGCGUCAUCUAGUGACGCACAGUAAGUUCCACUCGGGAGAAAGACCUUACGUUUGCGAAGAGUGCGGGGAGUCGUUUUCGCAAAAGGAUCAUCUUACUAUGCAUUCACGCUUCCAUGGCAGUUUACAUCCAUUUGUUUGCCACGAUUGCGGUGCAACUUUUCAAAGGAAGUUUGAGCUAGUUAAUCAUGGUCGGCUACAUGGCAGAGUUCCACAUUCGUGUACUGUCUGUGGAAAGGAAUUUCUGCAGAAGAGAACACUUUUAGCUCAUAUGCGUUUACAUACAGGCGAGACACCUUUCGCUUGUACCGUUUGUGGAGAAGCAUUCCCUCGGAAAGCAGACCUGGUCGCUCAUUCUAAGAUUCACAAUAAUAAUGCAAAUACGGAUGAAAAAUCUCUCACAUGCAGAGAAUGUGGGCUGGAGUUCCCAAAUCGAGAAGCUCUAAAUUUGCACCAAAGGUUACAUACUGGCGAUCGAACACUUGUAACGGACCUUUGUGGGUUAGCAGCUGCCUUUCAGCAAACUCCAGCACAUUUUCUUACCCCGAACACUCCAGGAGCACAUCAAAUGAACGGGCCGAUAGGAACGCCAGGUGUGAGUCAUAUGCAUGGUGCGACACAAACAUCGCCCCCAGUAGGUACAGGACCAAAACCUAAGCCACACAUUUGUCCUGAUUGCGGCCGUGGUUUCGCACAAAAACACGGCUUGUCACAACAUCAACGACGUCACACAGACGGCAGUUGCCAUAUAAGAUCACACAUAUGCGAUAAAUGCGGCAAAGCUUUCUUCCAAAAAAAUCAUUUGUUACUACAUCAACGUCAGCAUAUGGAUCCACCACCAAGUAUACUCAGGCAACAACAAAGGCAGGCUGCCCAAGCUGCAGCUCAACAAGCGCAACAGCAGCAACAGCAGCAGCAACAACAACAGCAAGUGCAACAGCAAGCGCAACAGCAACAACAAGUUCAACAGCAGCAGCAACAACAGCAACAGCAAGUGCAACAAGUACAGCAGCAACAGCAACCACAGCAAACGUGUUCUGUCGAUACGAAAACGAUUCAACUACAGGCAAUACAGCAGCAGGUACAGCAGGUGCAACAACAAGUGCAGCAGCAGCAGCAACAGCAGCAGCAACAGCAGCAGCAGCAGCAACAGACGCAGCAACAGCAAGCAUGUUCCGUGGACGCUAAAGCAAUACAGUUGAAUGUCACCAUGUGAGACGGUAUAAAGAUGAGGGACUGGAGAGUCCUUGAAA